UCCUUCUUCUGUCUCUUCUUCCCCAGCCCGCCACAAAAACUUAACUAACUUCUUCACAUUAUCAUUUACACCCCCAAGCUCAAAUGAACCUCCCUCUUCAUGGCUGUUCCUCCUAUUUACUCCUUUCUUUCUUGUUUUUACUAUACCCUUUGGCCUUCUCUCAACCUUCUCCAGACCAAAACGCCACCAUGAUCAAACUUUCUCAGCUUUUCAACAGUUCAGCCGCAGGAUGGGAUGUUACAAAGCAGCCGAACCCUUGUUCGUGGAAGGGAGUUAACUGCAGAGGUGGUUCCUUGAUAACUGGGCUUUCUUUAUCUGGGUUUGGUCUCUCUGACUCUGACUUUUUGUCUGUUGUUUGCAAUAUUAGUUCUUUGCAAUCGCUUGAUGUUUCUGAAAACCAGUUUAGCUCAAUUCCCCAUGAUUUCAUUACAAAUUGUGGAAGGAUUGGUGGGCUGAAGUCGUUGAAUUUUAGCAAGAACUGGUUGCAUGAUUCUUUUGUUGGUUUUGAUGGUUUUGUUGGAUUAGAAUUCUUGGAUUUGUCUUAUAAUAGAUUGAGUGGAAACAUUAGUUUACUGUUUGAUGAAUUAGUUAAUCUCAAAAUUUUGAAUGUUAGUCGCAAUAAUUUUGAAGGGGUUAUUCCUAGCAAUCUUGGGAAAUCUAAGGCUUUAGAGCAACUUGUGCUUUCUGUGAACCAUUUCAGUGGUGAAAUACCUGAAGAAAUUGCAGAUUCUUUGUUAAUGUUCUAUAGUUUGGAGAUUAUAACACUUUAUUUUGAUGGCUGGAUUGAUAGAGGAGUGCAUGGUUGUGAAAGUCUGAGUUCGAGUUGUAGUGUUGUACCAAGAGUGGCCAAUUACCAUACCUAA